CACUCUUUUCAGAGCAAAACAGAAUCUGCACCGUCCACCUGAAAUCCCUUUAUUUAUUUAUUUUUUUGUCUCCGAUGAAGAAGCUCUACCGGAGAAGAGGAACGGUCCACCCAUCGCCGCCGAUCAUCUCCGACCAUCUCUCCUUUCUCCCCACUGCCAUCCUCACCCUCGCGGCGGCGCUUUCACCGGAGGAUCGAGAGAUCUUAGCCUACCUCAUCUCCUCCUUCUCCAACGACUUCACCACCGUCAACAACUUCUCCGGCCACCGCGGCAAGGCGGCCCACCAGAAACCCGCCGCCGCAAAGAGCGGUUCCGAUCACCCUCCAGUUUUCUCCUGCGACUGUUUCCGGUGCUACACUAGCUACUGGGUGAGAUGGGAUUCCUCACCAAAUCGGCAAAUGAUACACGAAAUCAUCGAUGCUUAUGAAGAAACAUUGGCCGAGAGUAAAGCCGGCAAGAACAAUAAGAAAGAGAGGAAGAAGAGGAACACCGGGUCCGGAUCCGGGUCGGUUUCCAGUCCGGGUGAUGGGAAGGGGUCCGAACUCGCCCCGAAGGUGGAAGAGUCGAGGGUGACGGAGAUGGAGGCGGCGGAUGGCGGCGAGAAUGAGGCGGAGAAAGGGUCGGUGAGGUGGAUUGUGAGUUACAUAGGGGAAAAAAUCUGGGGAGGUUGGAAUUAGGUUCUUGUUCUUGUUCCUUUGAUUCUGGUUCUUGUUCUUAGUUGUAUAUAGAAUCUUAUGAGUUUUCAUGUACAAAUUUUUUGUACUUAUAAAUUAGUUCACAUGAACACUUAAUUUCAACAUA